AUGGUUGUAGCUCCGUUACUACGCCUCCCUCAAUCGGGAGUGCGUUGUAUGGGCUUUUAUAAGCCUCAGUUCAACCCUGUGAAGAGCCACAUCUGCCCCCAGAGCCUACAGCGUAAUAUUCGACGAGCACAAUGUUUCUCAACUUCCACAUCCAAAACGCAAGAUGAAGCUUUCUUGGACCGAACACGCAACAUUGGUAUUAUUGCCCAUAUUGAUGCGGGCAAGACUACAACAACCGAGCGCAUGCUGUUUUACAGCGGUUUCACUCGACGCAUUGGUGACGUUGACGAGGGCUCAACAGUCACUGACUUCUUGCCUGCGGAGCGCGCUCGUGGUAUCACGAUUCAGUCCGCUGCUAUCACCUUCCAUUGGCCUCCUGGGGAUGGCGCCGAAGCGCAAACUAGCGCCCGGGACCCGUCUGUGCCACGCUCGGCAAAUUCGCAUACCAUUAAUUUAAUUGACACACCAGGACACGCAGACUUCACAUUUGAGGUCAUGCGGUCUCUGCGCAUUCUCGAUGGUGCCGUUUGCAUAUUAGACGGAGUUGCUGGUGUCGAAGCGCAGACAGAACAGGUUUGGAACCAAGCCAGUACCUAUAAAAUCCCCCGAGUACUGUACGUGAAUAAGCUGGACCGCGAUGGUGCAGCUUUUGGCAGAACUGUCAGAGAAGUAAGCUCGCGACUGUCUGUUUAUCCAGCAGUAUGUCACAUUCCUUGGUUCCAAGGCGGCAAUGGACCCUUUAUUGGCGUGGCAGAUGCCAUAAACCUUCAAGGUCUGCGCUGGAAAGAAGGAGAAGAUGGCCGCUCUGUGAAAAUGAUGAACCUGGAGCAAUUAGAUGCCGAAGAGCCGGCUCUGGCAGAGGAGCUUCGACGAGCUCGCAUUGCUCUAGUGGAAUUAUUGAGCGAGCAAGAUGAAAUUAUGGUGGAGAAGUUUUUCGAGUACGAGGACCACUUAGCUGUGCCUUCGAUGGACAUCAUCGACAGCCUUCGGCGCUGCGUGCUAGACCCCACGAGUCGAAUUGUACCACUUUUUGCAGGGGCCAGCUUCCGAAAUAUGGGUGUGCAGCCCCUCCUUGACGCUGUGGUGAAUCUUCUUCCCAGCCCUCCGGAGGCACCGGAUCCAGAAGUGAGCAUUGGAGGUGUCAAGGGAGGCUUGCGAAGGCUACUUUCAGGCGAUCUGAUCGUAGAACAGAGUGAGCAAGCGCGCAAUUCCUCGAAGGGCAAGAAAAAGAAGAAGAACACCCUUCAGAAUAAUCCCAAAGAUGCUAUUUCCAAGCUCCAGAGUUGUGCGCUCGCAUUCAAAGUGGUCAACGACGCGAAGCGCGGUGUUUUAGUUUACGUCCGGGUGUAUUCUGGAUCCCUUGACCGCAACAGCUUGCUCUUCAACACUAAUCUUCACCUCUCCGAACGUGCUCCUCGAUUGUUGAAGAUGUACGCCAACGAUGCAGUGGAAGUGGAUUCCAUCCCUGCAGGCCAUAUUGGUGUAGUGGUGGGUCUAAAGCACGCUCGUACCGGCGACACACUUCUGUCGUAUGCAGGAAACAAGCCUACGCCUCCUGAGCCACUGACCACCCUUCAAUUAAGACCAAUUGAUGUACCCCCGCCCGUUUUCUUCACCAGUGUGGAACCACACAGCCUAAGUGAAGAGAAGCGGAUGCAAGAAUCGCUCGCACUACUUUUGCGAGAAGAUCCUAGCUUGCAUGUGAGCAUUGAUGAAGAGUCAGGUCAGACUUUGCUCAGUGGAAUGGGAGAACUGCACCUUGAGAUCGCUCGCGAUCGUCUGAUUGGUGAACUCAAGGCUAAGGCAUCUAUGGGCCGGAUCGAAAUUGGUUACCGAGAAUCUACCCUCGGAGCUUCGAACACAAUCACCAAGAUCUUUGAGAGAGAGAUUGCAGGUCGCCGAGGUAAAGCUGGUUGCACAGCGAUGGUGGAACCCUGCAACGAGGAAAGCGCCUCAGAAGCCGCCGACGACGAUACAAUCUUCGCCGAGACAAUCGAGGGCAACCAAAUCAUCAUUCGUGCCCCAGGCUUACAGGUUGAGACCACACGAAACGAAGAAGAGACUAGCCCCUUCCUUCCGCCGGGUAUGGAUCUCAAUACUCUCCGGACAUCAGUGCAAAAUGGCGCCCUGGCAGCGCUGGCGCGCGGUCCCCAGUUUACUUUCCCCAUGCACAAUACCCGAGUCACACUCACAAUCAACCCAGUAGAGCAUCUCUUCGGUGGCGACACCAGCACAUCUGCCCUCUCUUCUGCCGCGCGUCAGGCGACUGCCGCUGCGCUUCGGGAUCUGCUCACUGGCGCGGGCACAGUCAUGAUGGAGCCAGUCAUGAACGUGAUCAUCAGCGUUGACGAGGCCAGUAUGGGCUCCGUUGUUCAUGAUAUUUCUUCUUCGCGUGGAGGACAUAUUCUUUCGCUGGACGAGGAUGCAUCGUCCCCCGCUGCAGACGCUUCUGAUUCCCUUCCUCCAAUUGACCCGAAGCGUGUCUAUGCCCCUGCAGAUCCUUUCGAGGCACCUUCCGUCGGUAUUGAGAUCCCUGCUCCUACUUCUAGACAGCGCAACAUCACUGCGAAGGUUCCGCUGAAGGAGAUGGUUGGAUAUUUGAAGCAUCUGCGCAGUCUGACUGCUGGGCGGGGUACAUUUGUGAUGAGCGUUGAUCGAUUUGAGAACAUGUCUGCUCAAAGACAAAAAGCUGUUCUCGCUGAGUUGAGGGGCGGUUUCUAA